GUCUUAAGUAAUUGACAGGAAAAAUCUAAACUUUCAGGUUUUUGGUCAUUUGUUCCAUUUACAGCUGCUUAACAAUGAGGGAGUGCAUUUCCAUACACAUUGGCCAAGCAGGUGUCCAGAUGGGCAAUGCAUGCUGGGAGUUGUAUUGCUUGGAGCAUGGUAUCCAGCCAGAUGGGAGACUUGACAUUUCCAGUACCGCUUCCUUGGAGAACUCCUCAUUCAGUACCUUCUUCAGUGAGACUGGUGGUGGGAAAUAUGUUCCCAGGGCUGUUUUCAUAGACCUGGAGCCUACAGUGGUGGAUGAGAUCAGGAAUGGAUGCUACCGUCAGCUGUAUCACCCUGAGCAACUAAUCAGUGGCAAGGAGGACGCUGCCAAUAACUAUGCCCGUGGACAUUACACCAUCGGGAAGGAGAUUGUGGACUCUGUCCUGGACAGAAUACGUAAGAUGGCUGACCAGUGCACUGGACUGCAAGGCUUCCUAGUCUCUCAUAGCUUCGGCGGUGGGACUGGCUCUGGCUUUGCCUCCCUGUUGAUGGAGCGCCUGUCUGUUGACUUUGGCAAAAAGUCCAAGCUGGAGUUCUCCGUCUACCCUGCCCCCCAGGUGUCCACGGCGGUCGUGGAGCCCUACAACUCCAUCCUGACCACCCACACCACCCUGGAGCACUCCGACUGCUCCUUCAUGGUGGACAACGAGGCCAUCUUCGACAUAUGCAAGCGCAACCUUGGUGUGGAGCGGCCGUCUUACUCCAAUCUGAACCGCCUCAUCGCCCAGGUCGUCUCCUCGAUCACAGCCUCGCUGCGCUUCGACGGUGCCCUCAACGUGGACCUGACCGAGUUCCAGACCAACCUGGUCCCUUACCCGCGUAUCCACUUCCCCCUGGUCACUUAUGCGCCCAUCAUCUCCGCGGAGAGGGCCUAUCACGAGCAACUCUCCGUUCCGGAGAUCACCAACGCGUGCUUCGAGACCGCCAACCAGAUGGUAAAGUGUGACCCCAGGCGCGGCAAGUACAUGGCCUGCUGCCUGCUGUACCGUGGCGACGUGGUGCCCAAAGACGUCAAUGCCGCCAUCGCCCACAUCAAGACCUGCAAGUCCAUCCAGUUUGUGGACUGGUGUCCCACGGGGUUCAAGGUGGGGAUCAACUACCAGCCGCCCACCGUCGUCCCUGGGGGGGACCUGGCCAAGGUGCAGAGGGCGGUGUGCAUGCUGAGCAACACCACGGCCAUCGCUGAGGCCUGGAGCCGCCUGGACCACAAGUUCGACCUGAUGUACGCCAAGCGGGCCUUUGUGCACUGGUAUGUGGGUGAGGGCAUGGAGGAGGGGGAGUUCUCCGAGGCCAGGGAAGACAUGGCUGCCCUGGAGAAGGAUUAUGAAGAGGUGGGGGCCGACUCUGGUGACUGUUCUGAGGAAGAUGAAUACUAAGUGUCCUGGAAGCAUUGUUUUCAUGUUCUCUGGACGGCCUUCUGUCUAACAAUAAAUCAAAUAAUUGGA